AUGGAAAUAGUAAGCAUUGAACUUUUAUCACAGAAUACGAGUUCAACUACAGAAGAUAAUUCUCCACAAAUAACGAAUAAUAUGUCUAAUUCAAAUCAACUUUGGUGUAAUAUAUGUCAACGACAAUUCCGUUCUACAAGUACAUUAUAUCAACAUGGAAAACGUUUAUCACAUUUAAAACGAGCGAUGAAAAUUUCAUCAUCUCGUUGUACAACAAUCACAAAUGGAAAAAUUACAAGUUGUAUACAAAGAAGUAAACCUUUAUAUACUCCAAUACCAAUUAUUCGUAUACCAUCACCUCCUAAUCCUUCUUCUUCUCUAUCACAAAUUGAAACAAAUCCAACAAAUCAAAUUAUUAUCCGUAAAAAACGACAUGAAGAAUCUAAUACUAUCAGUUAUAAAUGUGAUUUAUGUGGUUGUCGAUGUUGGUCUAUACGCAAUAUGCAUCGUCAUAUACGUCUUCAUGCUGAUGUUCGUCCUUAUACUUGUAAUAUAUGUCAAUUGAAAUUUAAAUCACAUAGUAAUUUAAUGAAACAUUUUAAAACUAGUCGUCAUCAACAGAAAAAAGAAAAUAAUGAAAAAAAUUGGUCAAUUGAUUCACAAGCCGUACAAGAACAAAAUAAAUUAAUUAAUCAAAUUUUAAUCAUUGAUGAUAAUGAACCCGAAGAAAAAUUAGAUGCAAUUUCUAAUGAAUCAUCAUCUUCCAUAGAUGAAUCAAAUAAUUUACUUGAAGAUUUACAUAUACCUGAUAGUCGUUUAAUUGAUGGUGAUGCUGCUGAACUUGCUCUAAUAGAUCCAAAUACAUUUGAAGAAUUACAUAAAGCAGCUGAAUGUUUACUUAAUUUACAAGGUGUUUUCUAUUUUGGUGAAGAUGAAAAUGGAACUGAAAGAUCCAAUUCUCUUCUAACAACUUAA